UUUCUCUGGGAAAAGCAAUCACUCAAAAAAUAUUGUAUUAGAGCAUCUCCAAUGUAUAUUUCUAUAUUUUCCUCUAAAAUAGAAAUCUCUAUUAUAGAGGUGGAUUUGCUCCAAUGUAUGCCUCUAUAAUAGAAUUCCUCUAUUUUAGAGGAAAAUAUAGAGGAAUCCUAUUUUUUACCUUUAUAUUUAGAGAUGAAAAUAACAAAUCUCUAUAUUUUUUUCUGUAAAUAGAGGAACUCUAUUAUAGAAGCAUACAUUGGAGCAAAUCCACCUUUAUAAUAGAGUUUCUCUAUUUUAGAGAAAAAUAUAGAGAUAAAAAUAGAGGUGAGUUGGAGAUGGUCUUAGUUGAACAAGGAGCGAGAAAUCAUUAUUUAAUAGUGUGGUCAAUAUCAGAAUUUUGUGGCCACAUUUUCAAACCAUAUUGAUUCUGCACUAAAGUAAACUGACACAUCCGAUCCGAUCUAUCAAUAAGAUCCACAGAGCUAACUAUUUUUGGCUCUUUUUAUGAAGACAACGUUGUAUUUGUUUUUCAAAUCGAGAAAGGAUAUCAGAAGUGAUAAUGCAACACUAUUAUUUGAUAGGAUCACCCACUAUUAUGUUUAGUAUGCAUGUCUAUAACAUUAGAUGUUUGCAUUUACAAGAUCUAAGCGAUACAGCAUGAUCAUUCGAGAAGAGAAAUUGUGUGGUUAUACUCUUUUUGUAAGGACUAUAAUUUUUCAUUUGGAUUUUUUUUAGAAAACUUUUUAACAGAUCAAUAAAGAUGUUUGAAAAAAAGCAAAAGACAAUAACACGGGUUUUCAAAAAGUAUUAUGAAAAUCUAAAACACACAACAACGAAAGUCACACAAUUACAAAGAUUUUUUUUUAUCUUAACCCUUUCUUCUUAAAAAAAGUUCUUGUCUCUUUCUUUUCAUUUUUAAUAUUUUUGUGGAUAUAAACUUUUUGUUCUUAUUUAUAUUUAUACAAUACAUUAUAUUUAUUAUUGUAGCAAUAUAUAUAUUGAGCUGGUUAUGGAGUAUGGACUCAUCAAAAGCAAUUAUCGCAAUUGUGACAGUCCUUCGUAGUCGUGAACCAUGUGGUGGUUGCAACUAGAAGAGUCAACAAAUACAACACAUUUGAACAUACAUAAGUCCUUGAUGAGUCGUGAAACAUGUGUUGAUUUCAAUUUUCAACUCAAGCGUCAAUAAAUACACAUAUGUCAUCUACCAUAAGGUUCAUCGCCUUCAUUCUCAAUCAGAUCUCAAGACUUUCCUGGAUUUGAAGAUUCGAAAUGGGGAAGAUGUGCGGUGGUGAAGGUGGGCGUGAAUGGGACGACGAUGUAUAUGAGGGUAUAAGAAAAGUGUAUGUUGGGCAAGAUCUCUCACGUAUCACUUACGUCAAAUUCGAGUACGUGAAGGAAGACGGGGAAGUGGUAACACGUGAAUAUGGGACCAUAACUCAAGACCCUAAAGAGUUUAUAAUUGAAUAUCCGGAUGAACACAUCACAGCGGUGGAGGGAAGCUACAACAAAGUGGCUCUGAUAGCCACGGAGGUGAUCACCUCCCUUGUCUUCAGGACCUCAAAGGGUAGAACGUCUCCAACGUUUGGUCCAAACUUGUUCGGAGUUGUUAAUGGUACAAAGUUCAAGUUUGAGGACGAGGGAAAGAAGAUCGUAGGUUUUCAUGGACGGUCGGAUAAUGCUAUUGACGCUCUUGGAGUUUACCUUGUACUAGACUCUCUGACCACGCCUUUCCCUCUUUACAAGCUGGAUGCUCAAGGUGGUACAGAGGGACGUGUUUGGGACGAUGGCUCUUUCGAUGGCGUUAGGACACUGCGCAUUUGUCAAGAUGAUCAUCGUAUCACUUACUUAGAGUUCGAGUACGACAAAGGCGGGAAGUCAGAGAAACUUUACCAUGGGGUGAAAGGAGGAACACCAUCUGAGCUUGUGGUUGAUUACCCGAAUGAAAACAUCAAGUUGGUGGAAGUAACCUAUGAUAAGCCAAACCUUUUUCAAAAUACCGUCAUCACGUCACUUACCUUCCAAACAUCAAGUGGGAGAACAUCAUUCUUUGGGUAUAAAGUGGGUAAGAAGUUUGUUCUUGAGCAAAAGGAUCUUCGACUUGUCGGAUUCCAUGGAAAAGAAGGUGACGCCAUUGAUGCUCUAGGAGCAUAUUUUGCACCUGUUCAAGCUCCUACUCCUUUGAUUCCAACCAAGAAACUACCGUUGGUAGGCGGCAACGGAGGAGUUAAAUGGGAUGAUGGUGUGUUCGACGGUGUAAGGAAGAUAUAUAUAGGACAAAUUUACGACGUUGUAUCUUAUGUCAAGUUUGAUUACAUUAAGGGAAAAGAGUUCACUACAAGAAAACAGUCCAUUAAGGACGGAAAUUAAUGACAUCAA